CCUAUCUUUAGUACUGCUAUAAAUUUUCAACAAGCCCGGGAUCAAUAGGGUUUUUCAGUUCGCCUCUGCACCCUGCAACGCUGUUGCUCCUCGCAGAGUGAAGGAAGGGAAAUAUGUCUCACAGGAAAUUUGAGCACCCAAGGCACGGGUCACUCGGGUUUCUCCCGAGGAAGCGAGCUGCCCGCCAUAGGGGAAAGGUGAAGGCAUUCCCUAAGGAUGAUCCCACCAAGCCCUGUAGGCUAACUGCCUUCUUGGGUUACAAGGCUGGCAUGACUCACAUUGUCAGAGAAGUCGAGAAACCUGGAUCAAAACUUCACAAGAAAGAGACAUGCGAAGCCGUAACUAUUAUCGAAACACCUCCAAUGGUUAUUGUUGGAGUGGUAGGGUAUGUGAAGACUCCUCGUGGUCUUCGCUGUCUUAACACUGUUUGGGCUCAGCACCUGAGCGAGGAGAUAAAGAGGAGGUUUUACAAGAACUGGUGCAAGUCUAAGAAGAAGGCCUUUACCAAGUAUUCAAAGAAACUGGAGACCGAUGAGGGGAAAAAGGAUAUCCAGUCACAGCUAGAGAAGAUGAAGAAAUAUGCAUCUGUUAUUCGUGUUUUGGCUCACACUCAGAUAAGGAUGAUGAAGGGGCUGAAACAGAAGAAGGCACACUUGAUGGAGAUACAGGUUAAUGGUGGGACUAUUGCCCAGAAGGUUGAC